AUGAUGCGCUUUCAAGUACUUUUUUUAUUUUAUGUCCUAAAUUUUCAGCGCCGCGUAUACAAAGAAAAUGUCAUUCCACCAAAGGAACUGAAGAACAUCAUGCAGAGAGAGACAUACGAUAAGGCAAGAGCAUACAGCUUGGACAAAAGCAAGUUUGGCUUUGUGGAGGGAGCUUUCAACCAGAUAGUGAGUACAGGCAUCAUGGUGUAUGGAGGGUUUCCUGCACUGUGGGCAGCAUCUGGCCAGUUUAUUCAGUGGCUUGGCUUCAGUCCUGAGGCUGAAAUCCCACAGACUGUGGCUUUUGUGUGCAUUGGUUCACUGCUGAACAACAUCAUUUCCCUUCCCUGGUCUGCAUAUUACACUUUCAAAGUAGAACAGAAGCAUGGUUUCAACAAACAGACUCCUGGAUUUUUCAUAAAGGAUAAACUCAAGAAAUUUGUUGUUUCCCAAGUGAUUGCCUCACCAGUUGUUGCUGGUCUUGUAUAUAUUAUUAAGGCUGGUGGGGAUUACUUCUUUGUCUACCUCUGGGGAUUCACAAUGGUUGUUGUGAUGUUCUUCAUGACAGUGUACCCUGACUACAUUGCGCCACUCUUUGACAAGUACGAACCUCUGCCAGAGGGGGAGCUUAAGUCAAGGAUAGAACAGCUGGCAGCACAGAUUGAAUUCCCCCUCACAAAGUUAUAUGUUGUUGAAGGCUCUAAGAGAUCAGCCCACAGCAAUGCUUACUUCUACGGCUUCUUCAAGAAUAAGCGCAUUGUCUUGUAUGACACAUUGCUAGAAGAGUACACACCGCUGAAUGAAAAGGAGGGUGAUAAAGAAGAAAAAGAAGAGAAAGAAGCUGAAAACAAGGAAAAGAAAAAGACUGGUUGUAACACAGAUGAGGUGCUUGCUGUAUUGGGCCAUGAGUUGGGUCACUGGAAACUCAACCAUGUAUUGAAGGGGAUCAUUAUUUCUCAGGUUAAUUUGCUUCUGGUCUUCUCUGUGUUUGGAUCCUUGUACAAAUAUUCACCUUUGUACAAUGCCUUUGGGUUUCACCAUAGUCAGCCUGCUUUCAUUGGCCUCAUCAUUGUGAUGCAGUUCGUCUUUGCUCCAUACAAUGAGAUUUUACAGUUCCUGCUGACCAUGUUUAGCAGACACAACGAGUUCCAGGCUGAUGCCUUUGCCAAGAAGCUGAACCACGCCACCAACCUGAUGUCAGCACUCAUCAAGCUGAACGAAGACAACCUUGGCUUCCCAGUGUAUGACCCCCUCUACUCAGCCUGGCACCUCUCUCACCCUCCAAUUCUUGAGAGGAUUCGAGCAUUGGAGGAAAAGAAGAAAGAGUAAUCUUUCUUUUGCAUAGGUUGCAUUUUAAUUUUGAUGAAUGUAGUUUUUUUCUUUUUCUUUUUCUUUCUUUCUCCUGUAAGAGAAUACAGUGGGUCUAUUUUUUCUAAUUGUAGCAUAAUAGUAAUUUGAUAUUCCUUUUAUAAAUAUAAGUGAAACUCAUAUGCACAAUGUUUGUUAUCACUUUUAAAGGCAAUGGUGUUUUGGAAGGAGACAAUAGGUAUGACACGCAGUGUAAGCAUAGGAUAUUGGUUGUCUUGUUUUUUGUGAUAUUUUAUUUUUCAUAUUCACAUUCAAGUUUUUUUAAUUUCUUAAUAUAAGUUAUCUUCAAUGUACUUCUUUCAAUUAAGUUAUUGAAUGUGUUGUUGAUGUAAAUCCAGAUAUAAAAUAGUUAUGGAAGGGCCCUGUUAUAUAUUUUAUAUGAUUUGAUGCUACAUAAUAGGAACUUAAUAAAAGAAAAUACUUUAGGACA